UAAAACGAUAAGAUAAGCUUCAUGGUAGCUUUAAUUAUAACAGUAAUGUGAGAUUGUUAUAAAUUUAAGUUUACGAGAGACUUUUUGAAUUGAGAAUAGAGAACACACGUAAAAAUGAGGAAAAAAAACUUUUAACCCACAUUAAAUGAAUUAGUGAGACAGUCGACAAUGAGCAUGCAAAGUGAUAAACAGAAUUGAAAUGAGCGUUGAUAGUAAAGUGUCAAAAUAUACAAAUAAAAAUAAAAAUUUAUUGUGUGAGAGUGUCAAUUUAAGGAGAAAAAUCAUUAAAAAUGAGACUUUUACAAACGAAUCUGAUCAUAUGGACUCAGAAUAUGAGGAUGUUCUUCUGGAGAAAAAGUAUAUAAAAGAAUUAACAGAAAAGCAUCAGGAAGGAACAAAAAAAGUACCGAAAUUUCUAUCAGCAGCUUUAAAAGGUCUUCCUGAGAGAUGGAAAAAUUGGGUGGUUCGCCUCGUAUUUGCAAUAAUAAUGAUCUCAGCAUUUUGCGUUCUAAUAGCAGGUGGCCCAUUGGCAUUAAUGGGUUUAGUGAUCGCAAUUCAAGUAAAAUGCUUCCAGGAGAUAAUGCAAGUUGGUUUCCAUGUCUACCGUGUUGAUGAUAUUCCAUGGUUCAGACAGCUCACAUGGUACUUGCUGUGCAUAUCAAAUUACUUCUUUUAUGGUGAAUACUUAUUUGAUUAUGUUGGACAACCAUUGAAUCGAAUUGAGUCACUUCAAUUUCUUAUCAAAUCACAUCGUUUUAUAUCGUAUUGCUUGUACUUGAUUGGAUUUACUGUAUUUGUGAUGCUCCUUGUAAAGAAGUAUAACACGAGACAAUUUCAUUUAUUUGCUUGGGCGCAUGUUGCCAUAUUGAUCACAGUCAUGCAGAGCUACUUAUUAAUAAGGAAUAUUUUUGAUGGAUUAAUUUGGUUUAUAACGCCGUCCUUAAUGAUUAUUAUGAAUGACAUCAUGGCAUAUGUUUUUGGAUUUUUCUUCGGAAGAACCCCAUUGAUUAAACUUAGUCCAAAGAAAACUUGGGAAGGAUAUUUAGGAGGAGGAAUUGCAACUGUAGUAUUUGGAAGUAUUCUGUCAUACUUUUUACUACAAUAUCCAUAUUUCACAUGUCCUGUUGAUUAUUCAGAAGAUGCAGACCGAAUUGUCAUAAUUGAUUGCACACCAGGCUAUUUAUAUCAGACGCAAGAGUAUAUAAUUAUCAUUGGAAAUUUCCAGUCAAUUUUCAAUAUUCAACCAUUUGUACUUCAUUCUUUUUCAUUGAGCAUUUUUAGUUCUGUAGUUGGACCAUUUGGUGGAUUUUUCGCUUCAGGAUUUAAGAGGGCGUUUAAGAUUAAAGACUUUGGAGAUUCAAUUCCAGGACAUGGUGGAAUUAUGGAUCGAUUCGACUGUCAUGUCCUUAUGGCAACAUUUGUUUAUGUUUAUAUAUCCAGUUUUAUCAGAGAUGUGUCGCCUCAGAAGAUACUAACACAAGUCUAUAACCUAAAGCUGGAAGAACAAUUAUCUUUUUACUAUCAACUAGAAAAUUUUCUAGCCAGCAAAAAUUUAUUAAAUUAACAGAGAUUUAUGCAAUUUAUAUGUAUAAUCAAUGAAUUCAGAUACAAUUAUUGUUCUUUGAGAUGCUUUGUAACAUUAUUUUUAUAGGAAUUGAGAAAUAUAAAAUGUGCAAUAUUUCUCAGUAUUUUUAAAAAGAACGUAAUGUUCGCAAAGUUUUCUAGUCUGAACUGAAUAAAUAAAUAAAUAAAAUAAAUAUAAAGCUCAUCUUGA